CUUGGAUGCGCGCGCCGCCCUCUCCAACUCCGCGAUCAUUUAAAUGGCCUGGUAACCGUCGCGCUGCACGAGCUGGCACGGUUAGGAUGAAAAGUCAUCCCUGGUAUAUUUUUUUACGUUAGCCUCAGCUGGUCUCUCCGAAUGGCUAUCAACAGAGACAAGGAGGCAGCAGUCCUGCAAUGGCUCUCCUGCUACAACGUAAAAGUUCGGGCCAUCUCGGACCUUCAGGAUGGCUUGCAGCUACUCAAGCUGCUCUCCACCAUGGACUGCACCUCCACUGUAGAGAAUGUUGAGCCAGGGAAGGCCUUCCCCACCAUCGAAAAGCAGCUGUGCGAGUACCACUCGUGUCUCCCAGCUCGCUUCCUUUCAUCAGGACCCGCUAGGCGACAGCGGUACAGCGACGUUCAGUUGGCCACCGCUUCGGUCCUGGCACUCUCGGCUCUAGCAUUGCGGGCCAUAAGUUGCAACCCAGCCAGUGAAAUGGCUCCGCUUCUCAAGUUGGACGAGGCAACACAGUGCUGUAUCAGAGACCUGAUGCAGAUUGUGAGCGCAGGCGACGAUGUCAUCGAAAACUUGAUGGCCUAUUUGAAAGCAUCCAACAUGGAAGAGGAGAGCUUCCUCUGCGUCCCUAUGUUGAAGCGCAGGAAGAGUGAGAGUUUCACGUCCUCUCCAACGGGAGCGCAGACUCCAGCCAAGCGUAGCAGCAUGUCUCCACAGCAGCGCGCCCUUGUGCCUGCCCAACAGGUGAAGGAGAUACGCAAGCUGUGGGAGCACAUCAACGACGAGGAACAAGAAAACUCCGAGCUGCGCCACGAGGGCUCUAGGCUCAAAGAAGUUGUCAAGCGGAAAGAUCGAGAGAUCGCCAGCCUCAAGGAGAGGCUCAAAGCUCUUCAGGAGAUGUCGUCCAGUGAUGCUACAUGCCUUGCUGCAUUACACAAAAAUGUGGAAGAGAUGUCUGCACAGAACAAGCUUCUCCAGGAACAAGUUCAUUCCUUCGAAAAGGUCAGGGAUGAUUACGACAGAGUCAUCAGACAGAAUGCCUCACUACAGGCCGAGUGCGAGAAAAUGUCUGUGAUCCAAGAGGAAUGCAACAACCUGAGAGAGGACCUGUCCAAAGCCUUGUCGGAGAAGUCUGACCUCUGCACCAAGCUUGCUUCUCUUGAAGACUUGGUUGGUGAGCUUCGUUCUGCGAUUGACUUGAAGAACAAAGAGCUGGACGACAUGGUCAGCUUCUACUCAAACUUGGAGAAACCAGGCAGUCCCAAGGUCUUGGCACCAUCACCUGGCGCCCGCGUCAGCUGCUACACAGAGCUACGCAUGGUUGAGCUGCAGGACACUAACAACAAGCUGCGCCAGGAGUCGGAUCGACUACAGAAUGAACUGGAAGAGUUGACGGCCAGGCUCCAAACGGAAGGCAAUGCGAUGAGGGCCUCGGCAGUGCAGCUGGAGGAGACAAACGCCACCCUUACGGCAGAUGUUUCUCAGCUUAAGAACCGCUGCACGCAACUCAACGUUCGCAUUUCUGGUUUGGAGAACGAGCUACAGCUGUCGAAGACCACGGCGGCCACGCUUGAGUCUCGGCUUUCCAUUCAGGUGAGCCAGUCCGAAACGCUCCGUCAGCAGCUCGCCGACAGGGACCAGCAGAUCACUGCACUCGAAGAGAAAGCCACCGCUUCAGAUUCCAUAAACCAAGAGCUGCUCAAGUCCAACACCGAACUUAACACUGCCUUACGAUUGUCGGAGUUUGAGAAAAGUGCACAGGCUGAGAGAAUGCGCGAAGUGAUUGCAGAGAAACAAAAGCAGCAAGAAUCCCUAACUCGACAGAACUCGAAGGUUCUCGCUCUGGAAGCAACGCUCGCUAAUCUGGAGGCCAAGCUUGCAGAAGUGACAUGCCAACUGCUGGCCAGUAAGGAAGAAAAAUCAAAAUUGCAGCAAGUUGUUACCACGCUGCACUUCCAAUUGGAAACGAGCCGGUCUCAAUGCGCAGAGCUGGAACAGCAGUUAAAUAAAUCUAAGCAUGAGAAGGAGGCCCAGUCUACUAAGCUCCUAGACCUGCAAAAAGAGCUCGAGGACGUCAUGAGCACGACUGACUGCCUUCGAGUCAGAGUUCAAGAGCUUGAAGCUUCUAAGCAACAGCUGGACGUGCUCUGCUCCGAGCUUCAGCACAGCCUCAGUGAAAAGGAGUGUCAGGUUAGUGUGGCUGCUGAGGAAAAUAGAGCACUGUUGAAGAUAAAGGAACAACUUGAAGUGGCACACUCUGCCUUGAGUUCUCAGUUAAAUGAGGAAAGAAAGCAGCAUGCCGAACUUGAGUCUUCGCUGCAGAGCCAGGUAGAAGAGUCAAAGGUCCUGGCUGCCAGACUGCAGGAAGAAAAGAAGGCUCUUGCUGAGAGUUCGACGAAGCUCAAAUCCGAGGUGGAGCUACUUCAGUCGGAACUCUCGAAGUUGCGUGAAAAAAACACCACACUUUCGAACGAGCUGUUGGAGCUUGCUCGUUCUCGUGAGGAGCUUAACGACCGCCUCCUUUCACAAAAUGGACAACUCGAGAAGGUCACCGCAGAAUGUACAAGGCUUCAAGAGUGCUUCGACCAGAGCAUGUCGAAAAAGCUACACGCGAGGCUCACUUGGCGCUGCAAGCCUGAGCGUAUACUUUUGCUGGAAAAAGAAUGUGCCGAGCAAGCUGCUACGAACGAAAACCUGGAAAGUGAAAAUGCGGUGCUGAAGGCUACUCGCGAAGAAGAAGAGACUAAAACUGAGCAACUCAAAGCCAGCCUUGAAGAGGCGAACAAUGAGAACCUUACACUACGGAAGGACCUCAAAGAGACUCGGCAGAAGCUUGACGCAUCCCUAAACGAGAAGAAAAUGCUGGAAACGAAGCUGUCUGAGAAAAAUGCUUUCUGCAGCGCUCUUCAGGAGCAGGUUUCGGAGGUCGAAGCGAAGCUACGUGAUUCUAAGAAGCAAGAAGAAACUCUUGAGCACGCCAAUGCCAGUCUGGACUCGUUCGUCACCGAGUGCAAGCAUAAAUUGCAGGCCAGUGAGUCACGGCUUGGAGAGGCUAGCAAAAGGAUAUGUUCUCUGCAAGAGCAGGUGUCCUUCUUCCAAGAGGCAGUCAUGAGGGUCAACCUCGAGAAAGAAUGCUUGCACUCGUCCCUCGCGAGCGCAGAAACGGCCUUGCGCUCGCUCGAGACCACAUACCGGGCCUCCACCAGUUCCGUCGAGGAAACGAGAUUGAAGCUUCAAGAAAGCCUGCACCGGCAGAAGCAGCUCUCCUCGCUUGUUCAGCAGCAUCAGGAGGAAUGCAAAAGCCUUAAGAUGGUUCUUGCCGACAUGAGUGAGAAACUAUCGUGCCGCGAGAAGGAGCUAGCAUCAGCAGCUGUCGUGAGGGGCAACAUGGCCUCGCAAAUAAAGGAGCUUGAGGAUGAGCACGCUCGUCUCAGGCAUGAAAACCAAGCUCUGGAAGAUCACAUAGGCGACCUGGAGGUCAAGCUCACCAGCCAGCUUGAACUUCAUAAGAAAACAGAGGAAGAUUAUUACAAGUGCAUCAACGACCGGGACAGCCACAAGGAAGCCCUGAAGCAGCGAAUAGAAGAGCUCACCGCGGAGUUGGCGGGAAAGGCGAAGCUACAAGCCCAGUUAGAAGAGCUGCAGAGCGAGCUUGAGGAAUGCAAAACCUCGGCUGCUGCAAACGACGUGCUGUCCGAGGAGAGAGAACAUCUCGAGCUCGAGCUUGCUAGUGGUCAGAGGGAGCUCCGAAGCGUGACUGAGGAACGUGACGAGUUGAACCGCAAAGUCGAGAUGCUGGAGAAAGAGAACGAAGCUCUCAAGCUCGAGCUCAAGUCUGAAAACGAAGAGUGUACCAGGAAGAUGCAGGCUGCGUUUGCAUCCAUCGCGGCUGCGACAGGCAAGAAGAAUGAAGAGAUGAAAAAGAAGAUUGAAGAGAUGGGCAAGUCCAGCUUGGUCGCAAAGAAGGAGGCUGAUAUGUGGAAAGAUAAAUUCCACCACCAGCAAGCUCUUCGAGAGCGUCGAGAGCAGCUCUUGAAGCAACACAUUUCCGAGAUGAAGGAGAUGAUUAAGCAGUCCACUGAGAACGUGGAGGCACUCAAGGCUCAGACAGAGGAGCAGUCCGUGCAGCUCGCUGCUACCACACAGGAGAGAGACAGGCUGGAGAGUGAGCUUGCUGCCACAAAACAGGAGCGAGAUAGGCUGGCGCAAGAGAAGCGGUCACUCAACGCGCAGCUCAGUUACUGUGAUGCCAAACUCCGGGAGAACGCAAAGCAAGCUGAGAAGGCACAGGACAAAUUGGCGAAUCAGUCGCUCUAUUUGACGCCGAGCCUGGAGACUGUCUGGUCUCAACGCCGACUCUCGGAGAGGAACUCUCAAAGCUCCGUCACUUCUGAGGACUUCAAAGUCCCUCUCUGCAAAGGCAACCGUAGACGGGAGAGCAAUAUUUCAUCAAAGUCCGGCAAAAUGACACAAGCAGCCGCUCUUGAUUCGAGUAUAUUUUCUGAGAGCCGCUUUUCCUGCGACGAAGAGCAGGACAUGUGCUCGGAGACUACAUUGGUAGACCUUAGCAAACUGCCAGGUGAUCCGACGAGGAGGUACAGCGAGCUGUACCGGCGGAAUUCAAUGGUACCUCUGCACCUGAAGUCUGUGUACCCCGUCGAGACUCAGCAGUUCCCAAUCCCCGCAACACCGUUGAGGGGAGACUCCACGCCACCUUUUUCGAAAGCCUCCGGCUCUUCCGCAGUUGCCUCCACUGCCACUGCGCAGAGCCGCGCUUCUCAGCAGUCCAACACGACUGGAAGAUGCCAGCAAGCGAAAGAGGGACACGCGCUCCACCAGCAGUGAUGACAGCAGCAGCAAAUCGUCAUUCUGGACAAGCAUGGGAACUCCAUCAAAAGGAACAAAGCCCAGAUCCACCCGGACGCCAUCAAGUGUCAAGAAAUUCCUGAGAAGCAGAUUUAAGCGGUAGUGUUGCAGUGUGUAAAUAAUUUGAAAGGCCGCAGUCUGUGGUCCGUGCCAUAGUUUUCAAGCUGCCCUGCCUUUCUGACAAAGGACGCUGUACAAUCAUGAG